CAAAGAAAUCAAAUAACUUACGGGGGCAAGUCCCUGGCCAUGUUUUGCAACUGCUCGAGGAGGAAAUACAGCUUUUUCUGUAAAAUUUCGGGAGGAUCCAUGUUUUGCUGGACAUUUCGCUUUCUGUCACUGCGACAGAUCACAAAUAUGUAAGGUUAAGUAUAGUUCGUAAUUUAAACAAAACUAAUAAAUACGGGGAUUUUUUUAUGUUAUCACGUACAUAUCGUAUCAGUUUAGUAAUAUGUGAGCAACAGUCGUAGUACAAAUGUGGAAUUUUCAAAUUUCCGUGUUUUUUACGCUUCUAAGCAUCCUGGACUCAUCAAAAGCAGACACAAACUGUACUGAACUCAAAGAACAGUUUGCAAGUGCUACAGCAGAGUUCAGUUCUUGUGCAAUCCAAAAUUCCAGACCAGUAACAUUCUGUGAAAAUUGUGUUAACGCUUAUAUACAAAUAGUGGAUAGUUACAACGGUAUGAAAGAGGUUCCAGACAAUGGAACGUACUGCAUUGAUAGAUUCGUAAAUUUAGAUAGGUUAGGAAUUGUCCAAACUUCGUACAUCAACAGUUACAAUUUGUGGAAUAACGCCAAAUGUUACGAAUGUUUCCAAGUUGUUGAUGGAAAAUUAACACCAAAUAAAUCACUUGAAACCAUAGCUUUCAACAAAUAUUAUGAUAAUUUUAUGCAGUGUAUCAAUGGAACUGAUAUUAAUGAUACGACAUUGUGCCCGACUUGUAUAGACGAUUAUUUAGAUUUAAAUAGUUACUAUCACAGCAUCAGUAAUGAAAACGAGAAAAUUGGGGGAUGCAUGGAUAUGGUCGAUUUAAUAAAUAAUACCAGACAAUUCUGGAGUCAAAAAUGCUGCAAAUAUCGCAGACACGAUGAACACAUUUUUUUAGCAUCGGCAAUUACAGUUCUUAUAGUAACUUUACUCUUUUACGUAAUUGCACAAUUUUCUUCAGUGAAGAAGACACCAACAAUAAUGCAACAGACCCGAUUUGCAGAAUCGUUAAGCCACAACAGCCAGUCAUAAAACAAUGUGAUGUUUUUUAUUAAAAUAUUUACAAUAAACAAGUUUUCUAAUAACA